AGAAGAAAUAUUUUUUUUAGUCGAAAAACAUAACUCGAAGAAAAAUUAAAUAGACAUCAAACACAAAUGGAAGUUGAUCUUUGCUUCGUUAUGGACUGUACCAGUUCUAUGGGGAGUCACAUUGAAGGUGCCAAGAGUUCUAUUAAAAAGAUAGUAGAUUACAUGGCAAAUAUGAAACCAGCAAUUGUAGUUCGGGUCGGUUUCUGUGGCUACCGUGACCACUGUGAUGGCUCUAACCGUCUACAGAUUAUUGAGUUCACUACUUCUUGCAAUGAGUUCAAAAAUAAUGUAUCGAAUGUUUCAGCUUUGGGUGGUGGAGAUGCUCCGGAAGAUGUUCUGGGCGGACUUAAAGCAGCCGUAACCAGUAUGGCCUGGCGAAAUCCCACCCGCGUCCUUUUACAUAUCGCUGACUGUCCACCACAUGGUCGUCGUUUCACUGAUUUGAGUGAUACUUAUCCAGAUGGCGACCCAAAUGGUCUAACAGCAGAACAAGUACUGAGAGAAAUGCGGUCAGCAGGCAUUUAUUACUUUUUUGGAAAGAUCACGGAAUAUACUGAAACGAUGACCAGAGUGUUCCAAAGCAUAAUUGGAGAGUAUCCGGUGUUUGACUUCGAGAGCACUCCAGACCCAGAGGGAUUAGUAGAAAAAUUUUUUGAUGCUGCUUGUUCAGCUAUCAAUACUGCUAUCACAUUGAGGGGGGAAUAAUUUUUUUAUUAUUAAUAGCUUAAAUUAAUCAAAUUAUCAAAUUGAAAGCUUUAAAGUUUAUAUUUUAAAUUAUUUUUACACGAAAUAAAUAAAGUUUCUAAGUUAAAAAACUUUG